AUGGGUAGCAUCGCACGGGAAGAAGCGAAGCACGCCUUGAAGAACCCCUGGGUCCAAACCCCCUUGGUGGAAUCAGCCUCGCUCUCCCGAGCAGCCGGAUGCCGCGUGUUCCUGAAGUUGGAGAACGUGCAGCCCAGCGGCUCCUUCAAGUCCCGCGCUAUGGGCAACCAGAUCCUCUCGCACCUCGUCAAGCCCGAGAACACCAACCGACCCGUCCACUUUUACGCCUCCUCCGGCGGCAACGCCGGUCUGGCGGCCGUCUGCGCUGCCCGCAGUCUGGGAUACCCGUGCACUGUCGUGGUGCCGCUUUCCACGAAGCCGCUGAUGGUGCAGAAGCUGCGCACCACCGGCGCAGCCGAUGUCAUCCAGCACGGCGAGACCUUCUUAGAAGCCGGCGAGUACAUGCGCGCCGUGGUCAUGCAGUCCGUCGACGCCGACGAGAGCUCCGACGUCGCUAAGAUUGCCCUCCAUCCCUUCGAUAACGAACCCAUCUGGGAAGGAAACAGUACUAUUGUGGACGAGCUCGUCACCCAGCUUCCUCCCGCCGUCGGAGACGACGAGGAACAGACCCAUCGCGGCCGUCCCUUGCCAGUGGAGGCCGUUAUCUGCAGCGUAGGAGGCGGCGGGCUGCUCAACGGCCUGGUCAUGGGCAUCGAGCGACACCAGUCGAUGCAGAAACGGAACAACAAGCUCGCCGGUAGCAGCAGUAAAAGUGAUGCUGCUCUCCAAACAAACCCCAUCCACCUCCUAGCCAUCGAAACCGACGGCACCGACUCCCUCGCCGCCGCGGUGGCGCAGAACUCGCUCGUCUCGCUACCCAAGAUCACCUCUCAGGCCACCUCGCUGGGCGCCACCCGAGUAUCCGAAAAGACCUUCCAGCAUGCCGUGUCCCCGCCGGCAGGGAUCGCCGUGCACAGCGCCGUGCUGUCGGAUGCCGACGCGGCCCGAGGCGUGCUGCGACUCGUCGACGACGAGAGGCUCCUCGUGGAGCUAGCUUGCGGGGUGUGCGUAGAGGCAGCCGUCGGGGAUGCAGGCAAAGCCGUCGCUUCCUCCUCUGCAGUCCCCUUGUCAUCGGAGCGAAAGCGUAAGCGAACGACGGAAGACAACCCCUCGCGGGAUGAAGGAUACGGAGAUGAUCGGUUAUCGGCGACGGAGAACGAGUCCGGGGCCGAGGACUCGGUAUCGUCUUCGACUUUAACUUCGACUUCAACCUCGACAUCGCAGCCGCUGCAGUCGAAGCUGAAGCAGUUGGUGCCGGGCUUGAAUGCGGACAGCCGGGUGGUCAUCGUCGUGUGUGGUGGCAGUAACGUCACCGUCGAUUCGGCGGUGGAGUGGCGGAAAAUGCUCCAGGAGGGAUGGGGCAGUUGCAAAUACUAA